GACUGGGACUGGGACUGGGACUGGGACUGGGACUGGGACUGGGUACGCUGAGGUACGGUACUUACUCAUUACUGCCUGGGACGAUUCAAUCCAUUCAAAUGCAGAUUUUUUUUAUUUACCUGGAAGGAGAUUCACGAUUGACCGACAUCAAUAUAGAUUGGUUGAUUGUUUGUUGCGUUGACUUAUCGAUAUAUUAAUUGAUCUGCGAGAUACAAGUUAAUCAAUUGAUCAAUACAUAUUUCCCUACCUCCCUACUUCCCUACCUCCCUACCUCCCUACCUCCAUACAUUCACACGCAUGCUCAAUAUAUACUCGAAGAAUAUCAGCAACAUUUGAUACCAUUACGUCGAAGAAUAACCUUCCAGAUCUUCAUCACAAAGGAGCAACAAUCAUCAAUGGAUCCCUAAGUAUCAUACCACGAAUAAACCAAUUGAUGAAAGCCAACCAAGUAAAGUGUUCACAUCAAAGUCCUUAAUAUUGUCUUUGGUAGACAACAAACAUCUCUCAAAUACUUGGAAUACCUUCAUUUCCACUUCCAGCUCAUUCAAACUAACACGCUACUUCGUACAUUAAAGAAACGGCUUUCCCCAGAUACAUCAAUCAAUCACCGUCUUAUUCCGCCUAAAGCCGUGGAUCCCCCCAUUUUCACCAUCCAUUUUACAUGGGGCGGUAGAUGCUAAGAUACCCCGUUUCCACUUCUCAUCCUGCACCUCAGAAACAACCCAACCCAACCCAACCAAUCCAAUCCAAUCCAUUCCAUUCACCAGUAUGACUUCGACAUCGCCCGCAGGUCAUAGACUUGAUCCUAUUCAAACCACAAACUUGUCAUUAAAUACAAAUACGGCUCCUGUCGAGAUGGAUGAACUUGACGCUUCGAAAAAUUCAAAAGUUGUCUCAGGGACGUCGGGUCUAUUAAAUGAUAUUUCGAUUCCGGAAACAUCGCCAAUAACAUCCGAUUAUCCAUCCUAUCCUUCAAAAUCUUCAGUUUUACCCACAACAACAAUAACAACAACAAAAACAACACGUUCGACGACAGAGAUGGUGGACUCAUCAAAACAAAAUGCCUCGAUUGGCAAUGGUGGAUCAACAUCACAAGAAGCAUUGACCGCACAACCCGUUACGAACGAAGAAACCUCAUUUAUUGAUCCUGCGCCUGCGCCGCCACCAGCAAUGUCGAAAAGCGAAGGUAAAGCCCCUGCUACCGAAUCAUCCUCCGACGCUCAAGAAUCUUUAACUUUGCGACCACGAAUGAAUUCAGAAGCUAUCGGUCCCUCGAUUGACAGUACCAAAACGCCACCACCACCUGCUGAUGGAGGGCCCAGAAUCUUGAUUACCUUGCUGCUUACAUCGGGCGCGCGCCAUCCAUAUAAGAUCGAUGAAAAAUAUUUGACCAAACGCUCUGUUGCGGUACCCGGUGUUACAGAAAACGGAAAGAAGGAUCCUCUUACUAUUAGUGUAUAUACGCUCAAGGAGUUAAUAUUAAGGGAAUGGAGAGAUGAAUGGGAAACAAAGCCUAGUAGUCCAACCAGUAUACGAUUGAUAUUCUUUGGGAGGCUGUUGGAUGAUAAAGAUCCUUUGAAAGCAUGUAAAUUUAACCCCGAAACAUCAAAUGUGGUGCACAUGACUAUCAGACCCCAGGAUAUAGUCGAUGAGGAAGAUGCAUCAAAAGCGAAGUCCAUGGGCCGAGGAGGAGGAGAAGAUGGUGAAAGCAAUGCUGGGUGCAGAUGUGUUAUACUCUGAAUCCGAUCAUUCAAAAGUCACCAUAUUCGUUUAAAUUACAAACUACACACUCGAAUGCUGUCCAUGGAAAGCGUCGAAAGGGGAAUCUAUUUGUAUACAUGAUUCUCCAAUUCAUUGAACAAAGAUACAACCAAGCACAUACAUAACAACCCAAGUCACCCAAUACAAUGGGCACAUUACGAGCGAGAAAAUGGCGUUUCGGGUUCAAUUUGAUUGAAGGGUGACAUUUCCCCUAUUUUGCUUUCUUUAUACGGUUUGUCGAGCGUUUUUCAAAUAAAAGGGUCAAGGCAUCAUAUCGGAUGUGAAGCUUUGUUAAUAAAGGAUUUGAGCGGUUGGGGGCGGAGUGAGCGUGAACGAGAGCGGGUUGUAUGCUGUGUUGUGUAUAAUAAGAUGGAUGUGUGAUCAUAUAUGGAUUUUAGGACAUCAGGAUUCUGUGCAUGGAGUGAGAGAGAUGGCGGAGGGGUGAACAGAGGGAUGAAUGGCGAAUUGAUUUUUUUGAUUGAUUUGAUUUGAUUGAUAGCGAGCGACAUGGUUAGCGUUUGGUAAAGGUGAAAUAUUUGAAAGGGAAAUUAGGAAUUCGUUAGGAACAAUACAGGACAGAUGAUGUUCUGGAUCGCAAGAGCGAACGUUUAUUUGCUUGACGUGACUGCUUUGACGAGAGCUUCUAGCAAAAAUUUCUGGUCACAUUUCAUAGAGGUUACGAGGAGGAGUGGUAUGGUAGGGU